AUUACCACGACAUCUCUGCACAUACAUAAGACCUUCCAUAAGUCAUGGCUUCUGGUCCGAUUUGUCGCCAACGAUGUCCCCCGAGCAAGAACGCCAAACUGUCCUUAUUCCUAUGAACCUUGGUUCCCCUUCUCAAUAUGAUCGAACGAUAUUCCCUCUCAUGAAAAUUAAACGCGGUUGCAGCCUAGAUCAAGUGGAUAUAGUUCUCGAAGCUACACUGGAUGAAUUAUUUAAGAUACGUGACAUGGCAAAAAAUCUAACAGAGUUAGAAACGGUCUUCGUGAACGCCAAGGAAGAAUAUGAUAGGUUAAAGUCAGGGAGAAAAGAGGUCGCAAACCAAAGUGCAUCAUUUUCUCCUGUAAAAUUGUACUCGAGAUAUCGUUCCCUUCGACUGCUCGCAGCAGCAGCCAAUCACUUGUAUAGGCAAACCAGGAGCUCAUCUGAAGAUGGGAGGAGACAACUACUUUCCGUAAACGGACAAGAUGUUCAACCAGUCAAUUAUGACGACGUACCAUCUGAUGCUCACAUUGGUGCCAUCGCUAUUCCAUUGGAAUCGACACUAGACGAACCUACAGCGACACACUUCACUCACGCAACCAAUUUUAUUGCUGAUCAGGCUAAGUCCAUUCCUGGAUAUAAUCCUUUUGAGGAUGAUCAACAAGUGGAAGGGUAUACUGAACACGAUUAAAGCCUUUGAUUCUGGAACCCCAAUAGGAAGGCCGCAUCGUGAGCCGGCUCUCGUUUAUCUGGAGCAUCCUCAGGGCAGGGGUCUGGUGGUAUCUCUUUCAUCUUCGAUAACAGUUACGUUGCCUGAAGAUCAGCCAGUCGCUUCCAUCGCCGACCAGCGGGUCGCAUAAUCAACGAUGGUGUUCGUACUUUCGACCCUAUCAUGUCAUAACGUUAUUCAUCAUACACAUCAGCUCCUUGGCAUUGACGCCGUCGAUUAUUGAGGGUUGCUUAAAUACAACAUCUCACACCACGGAUGAAAACAUAUCAUAUGGGCUGUGACUAGAAGUGAUUUUUUUGGUUUGGGAUACACUAGAUAUUCCACAACAUACCUCAUAAAAUGUCGAAUAGUAAUCGACGAUACCUUUGUGAAUCAUCC